GAAAUGGCUCGAACUCGCGAUUGUCGAAAAUCUUUUCAUUUCAUUUCCCUCCCAACUUCCGCGAACUGAAGAAGGACCUGAGAUUUAGCGCUCUCCUUCUUCUCGCCCAAUUAUACUCUUGCCCCUCGAUUCCAUCGCCUUACCUUUCGAUUCGUGCUAGAAAUCUCCUCUCUAUCUCCAAAACCUCGCUUCAAAUUCGCUUGAUUUCCCUCCGUUUUCAAUUUUCGUUUCUUUUCUUCCAUACUUGCCUGGUGAUACAGCAUGGUCGCUUAAAGUAACUUGCUGCUUUCAGACAUCAAAUACUCCGACAAAUAGACUGGUUCUGCAACUUCUGUAAAUUUGGAAAUGGCAGGAGGAAGCAGGGGUCGACACACAAUUGCUUCCCGUCAGUUUCGGCCUACUCCAUACCCUCUGCCUGCGUGCAAAAAGAACUUUUGUGAGACUUUAUGCUCAAAGAAGUGCUCCACUGACAUGGAUACCAAUGAUUGGGAAAAUGUGACAUGUUCUGUGUGCAUGGAAUAUCCACACAACGCUGUACUUCUACUCUGCUCCUCCCAUGACAAGGGUUGUCGUCCCUAUAUGUGUGGAACCAGUCUUCGUCAUUCUAACUGCCUUGAGCAGUACAAGAAAGCUUAUACUAAAGUUGUGUCGUCAAAUUUGCCUCUUGACAAGAGUGACAUCACAGAGCUGGCUUGCCCUCUAUGUAGGGGUCAGGUAAAAGGUUGGACUGUUGUGGAACAUGCACGAGAGUACCUUAAUGCAAAGAAGAGAAGCUGCAUGCAGGAUAACUGCACAUUUGUUGGGAACUACAAGGAAUUGAAGAAACAUGUGCGGAUGGAGCAUCCCUCAGCACAUCCACGUGCAGUAGAUCCUGAUCAUGAACAGAAAUGGCGAUUGCUCGAGUGGGAGCGUGAGCGAGAAGAUGUUAUCAGCACGGUAACAUCAAGCAUGCCUGGGGCAAUGGUUUUUGGAGAUUAUGUCAUUGAAGGAAAUCAUAAUAGUCUCACUUCAGAAGAUGAAGAUGGGGAUUCUAAUGCUGGUGCUGCUGAAAGAAGUGGAAGGUUUGAUAUGGGCAUGGAGGCAAUGAAUUUCCUUUUGCUAUAUCAUGCGGUUCGGCAACGGAAUGAACCUAACGUUGGCAGACAACUGAGGCCUGAGCUGGUAUCCCAUGGAAGAUCCAAUCAGGCCAGUGGUUACCAUGCAACUCCUGCUGGUAGAGCUUAUUUCUCUGAUCAAGGUGAUGCCAAUAAUAGGUAUAGUGAAGGUGUUGGUGGUUCGCAGGUUAGCCGAUUCAGUCGCCAUGGCCGUGGCAGAUUCUUAUUUGGCCGCUCGAGCAGGAGGCGAAGGAGGAGAGAAGCACACACAUAAGAGAGGAUGUGGGGAAAGAAACCGUGCACAACAAAAGGAAGGAGGUUGGAGAUGGAAGUGUCUGUUAGGUUUAUAGUGGAGCUUAGUGACAGAAAAUGAUUGAUUCAGUAACAUUUACAUAUAUUACUUUCAAGAAAUAGGAAAAGUUUGAUUGUCAUUAUUAUUAUUUUCCUUCUGUAAUUUAUUUUGUUGUACAUUCCUUUCUCCUAGUAGAAAAUGUCCAUUGAAUGAGCUCA